UUUUCUUUUUAAUAAAAAAAACGUAGGAAAACAAAUCUUUUUUAGGUAAUAAUUUUUUUAAUGUGUGAGACGUUAAAGAAGGGUUUUGAUGGUCCACUAAAAAGUCAAAAAUGUUGUUGAAAUCUGAGCACAGCCUCCCUUCAACGUGUAUUCAAAUUCAAUUGACUCCUUGGAUUACUUGCACUAAUAUUAAAUCAUGUCUGAAUAUAAGAAUAUAUGUAUAAUAAUUUAAAAAGAAAAAAACUAAGUGAGAACGAAGAGAGAAGGGGAGAGGGGGGCCUCCGGUUUCCGGCUUCCGGCCUCCUCACCUUAUCCUAUUCCUUACAAACCAACAUCCCUGAUUUACGCAGAAUCAGGUCGGUUUGGUCGUACAGUAACCUCCACUGUAAGACAGCUCGCCAAUCACGGGUCGCUACGUGGCCUCUCUCCUACCAGUUGUAACUGACACCUAGAUAAAUAAGGUGGCCGACAGGUCGACAACCAGAUUUGUGGACUACUGCACUCUCCCCUCCUCCGCCCUACACGUGUUCCACAUGGACGGCUCGAUCCUCUGCCACGGACGUACGGUCCACCACUGUCCAAUUAUAUGGACUCCUUCUCCACCUCCACCCCCUCGCUCAAUUCUCUCACACACUACACAAAUCUAAAUUACAAUUAACAACCUACACCCCUCGCUCACCCUUGCAGCUAUCCCUAUCAAGCCAUCCACGUUUUGGGCCCUGUUUCGUAAUUUCGCUGCUCUCAAACACUGACACAGUGAUUUCCAUGUGUUAUAGGGUUAGUUUUGUAAUUUGGGCUUCCAUUAAGCAUUUUUAUUUAUUUGUUUAUUUAGUUUUUUAAAGUUGGAAAACAUAAAAUAGAAAUAGAAGGAGUUGGAAGGUAUUCAGGGGAUAUUUGUCAGUGUUUUUUAGAAGCUAUUUUGCUUUCACAGACCCAGUGUUUCUUAGAGAGAGAGAAAGAGAGACAGAGAGAGGGGGGUGGAGUUGAUACUUCCCUCUGGAGUCUGAACUGGUGCCCCAUUUCGCCGGAGAGGUGAGGGUCUCCGAAACCACAAACUUUAAGCUUUUUUCUUCAAAUUGUGGCGACUGGUUUAGAGUUGGAGUUUAGUGGGGAUUCUUGACGUUACUGGGGGUUUCAACGACAUGCAAGAUAUACAUUCAAUGGGUGCUGGAGGAGGCCGGAUCUUUGGAGGUGACCGGAGGCUGCGGCCGCACCAGAACCAGGCCUUGAAGUGUCCGCGCUGUGAAUCGCUCAACACUAAAUUCUGCUACUAUAACAACUACAACCUCUCUCAGCCUCGCCAUUUCUGCAAGAGCUGUCGGCGGUACUGGACCAAAGGGGGCGUCCUCCGUAAUGUUCCUGUUGGAGGCGGUUGCCGGAAGACCAAGCGGUCCAAGGCGAAGUCGUCAUCCGACGCUCCGCGUGAGCGGAAAUCGAACUCUCAUUCCAGUAGCGAAAGCUCGAGCCUUACCGCUACCACCACCGCGGCGGCGACGACCGCCACGACGGAGGCGGUGUCGGCGCCCUCUUCGAACGCCGCGUCGACGUUGGUCGGUUUUCGCGAAUCGAGAUUUUUCGCUCCCCAAAGUCCAAACCCAAAUUUUGAGAUGCCGACGUUGCUGGAUCACUCGUCGGACGGUAACAUUUUCCCUGAGAUCGGGAGCUUUACCAGCUUGAUGACGGGGUCGAACGAUCCAGCGGCUCUUGGAUUCAAUAUUUCCGACAUUUCACCGUUCAAAUAUCAAGAACAAGUUGAUCAGAAUCAACAGUGGCAACAGCAGCAGCAAAAGAUGUCCGAUGAGUUGAAGAUGCAGGAGAUCACCGCGGGAUUUCUUGAUCAGACUGUUCAGGUGGAGUUAUCAGCGUUGCAGAACAGGUCAAACCAUGGCGGAUUCCCAUCGUUGGAUUGGCAGACCAGUGGUGAUCAAGGUAUCUUCGAUCUUCCUGGAAACGUUGAUCAAGGCUACUGGACUCAGAGUCAAUGGUCCGAUAACGAUCACCCUCUCUAUCUCCCCUAGCCUCUCACCAUUUAACCACAACUCUCAAAGAAAAUUUGAAGAAAUGAUUCAAAAAGAAAAACAAAAAAAAGGAAUUGAGAGAGAGAGUAAGAUGAAUAUGACUGUUCUCUUAUGUAAAUUUUUUUCAGAUAUUUUUUUUUUUGGGGUCUUAUUUUGAUGAUUCUGGAAGGUGUUUGGCUUUGAUCUUGAUGUUCAUCUGCAACUAACUUUCAUGUUAGUGUCCUUUUUUCCCCCUUGUUGGGGUUUUCCUUUUUUCUUUCUAAUGUAUUUCCAAUUAAAUUAAUCAAAUAUAGGAAAAAUAUAGAGUGUUUUGUUU